GGCUCUAGAGUAUUGUUUUGGGCAUGAUCCUGUUGGCGGUAGCAAGGUACAUCUGGUUUUGCUUUGUAUUCACUCGCCCUUCUCCCUUGGUGGGUGAUGCAUAGCAACACUUGGCUUGUGGAUACUCAGCGCUGGGGUGGAGGCUUGCUCUUCAUCUUAGUUCGGUAUACACAUAUCCCGCCAGUCAUUUUGCGCCUUUUAACCAGCAAAAAUGCUUGCUGGAGGUCUACACAGCCUCGAAGAGGGGGGCAGUCGGCGCGGGAUGAUGGAUUGCAUAUGGUCGAGCCCGAGAAUGUGCUCCCAGGCCAUCAAGCCAGACGGCCAAAACACGUGACUGGAUGUUGCUUUUGAUCUAAUACCCAGAUCACACCCCACCUCCCCAGGCCGAGCCACUGCGACGCGUGCUGCUGCGAGCCGUGUGCAG